AUGAACCUUUUCAGAGCCUUGCUGCCAGUGCUGUUGUUGUUGUUGGUGAUCGAGUUCUCGGCAUUUGUAGUUUUCGGAAAGAUUGUUCAGAUUCAAGUCUUAUCGAGACACUGCGACCGUUCACCUGUUUCAUUGUAUCAAAUUCCGAAUGAUAAGUGGGAUUGGCAGAAUGAUUUGGCCAUGUAUUCGUAUGCGGGUGGAAAACAGCCCUCUGUGAAGGUACCAUUUGGUCAGGGUCAGCUCACUGGACUUGGACUUCAACAAUGUUUCCAGGUUGGACAACAAUUCAAUCAAAGAUAUCUUUCGAGAGUGAUGAAUUCCAAUGGAGCAAACGUAGCAAAUCCCAAUGUCAUUGAUGGUCUUGUGUAUCCAAUGGAUAACGAUGCAACUUCAACUGCACACUGGAAUCCUCAACAUUUUAGAUUCUAUGCCACAGAUUAUGAUCGAACUUUAUUUUCAGUUUUUAGUAUUGCACAGGCCAUGUUUCCACUGGGAACAGGUCCUGCCACUGAUAUUUCACUCAAUGGUCAACAAAGUUCAUUACCAAACUUUCUACAACCCAUUCCAGUACAUACACAAACCUCCAUCAACGAGUUGUGGAUGAGUGCCUAUGGAAAGUGUCCAGCCAUCGAUCAGAGAAAUGAAGAGAAUGAACAAUCACAAGAAUAUUUGGACAAAAUGCAAAAAUUUAAACCAUACCUUACCAAACUUUCGAACUGGACAGGAAUUCCAUUUCAAAAUGACCUUAUUUCAAGCAGCUCUGUCACAUCAUCACACUCGAAAUCAAAGAAUACAGGAUUGUUAUCUUUCUGGUUUUCUGAAUCCAACAAUGAGAACAAUGAAAAGGUCAUUCCUUUCUACAAAUUAAUUUCAGACCCUUCCUUAAUGAACCAACGCGGCGACAUUCAGGACUAUCCUGUCUUCAAAAAACCCAUUGACUAUUCUUCCUUAUACAUUGUCUAUGAUCUUCUCACCGUUCAAAAAUCUCACAACAAACUCACUCUUCAACCCAUUCUUGACUCGUGGGAUCAAGUCAAUGCUAUUGGAAAUAUUGCCACACUCGAAACCUUCUCACGAAAAGUUCAAGGAAAACUAGGAGGUGGACCACUCGUUCAGAAAAUGAUUGUCGAGAUGGACAAGAUGGUGGCUUCUCUCACUGGUAGUGGUGGCGCUGUUCCACGAAAACCCUAUCCCUAUGGUGAAGAUCCUGAUGAACCCUCAAACAUUCCUUACAAGUAUGUUCAUUACAGUGCUCAUGAUGUGAGUAUUUUGUCGCUGAUGGCAGCGCUUCGACUCACGGAAGAUUACUCAGAGUUACGAAAAAUUCCAAAUUAUGGAGCACACAUCAUUGUGGAAUUACAUCAAAGUGACACUGUUACUACUCAAAAACCCACGGAAAAAGAUUUCUAUGUGAGAAUUCGAUACAAUAGUGGAUUCAAUGAAACCUCUUUUAGGGAAUAUUCAUUGUUGUCAUUGGGAGGAACGGGUUGUCAAAUGGGAUCAGACACUUCCUUCAAUUGUUCCUUCUCAAGUUUUAAGGAUGUCUGUUAUGCAGAUGCCAUUCCACAUGAUUGGUGCAUGGAAUGUCGAAAUAACAAGGCAGAUAUUUGUGUGAGAGCAUUAUAUGAAGCAAAGAGAAGUGAGAAUACGAUUUUGAUGAUUAUGCUGCCCAUUCUUGGAGGUUUUUCAUUCAUUUUGUUGUGUUUUGUGGCUGUCAUUUGUUUGAGAAGUAGUAAGCUGUCGAGAUAUGUUCGAGGAGGGUCUUCAGCGAAUUCAACUCCGUUAGCAGGUAGUGAGGGUAUUAAUUAUGGAGGAGGAUCUUAUUAUAAUUCUCUGAAAUAA